GGCCGGGACCGGACCGCGGCCCGGAAGUGACGCGACGGCGGCGACGGGGCGCGCAGCUCCGCGGGGCGGCGGCGGUAGCGGCCAUGGCGCACAUCACCAUCAACCAGUACCUGCAGCAGCUCUUCUCUUUCCAAACGCUUCAGGUCUAUGAAGCAAUUGACACCAGAGACGGGUCAUCCCUUGCAGAGCUGGUGUCUUUCAAGCACCCUCAUGUUGCCAACCCACGGCUUCAGAUGGCCUCUCCAGAAGAGAAGUGUCAACAAGUUUUGGAACCCCCUUAUGACGAAAUGUUUGCAGCUCAUUUAAGGUGCACGUACGCGGUGGGGAACCACGACUUCAUAGAGGCGUACAAGUGCCAGACCGUCAUUGUCCAAUCAUUCCUACGGGCAUUUCAGGCCCACAAAGAAGAAAACUGGGCUCUGCCUGUCAUGUAUGCAGUGGCACUUGACCUUCGAAUAUUUGCCAAUAACGCAGAUCAGCAGCUGGUAAAGAAAGGGAAGAGCAAAGUUGGGGACAUGCUGGAGAAGGCGGCCGAGCUGUUGAUGAGCUGCUUCCGCGUCUGCGCCAGCGACACCCGUGCGGGCAUAGAGGACUCCAAGAAGUGGGGCAUGCUAUUUCUGGUGAAUCAGUUAUUCAAGAUCUAUUUUAAGAUCAACAAGCUCCAUUUGUGUAAACCGCUCAUCCGAGCCAUCGACAGCUCAAACCUGAAGGACGACUACAGCACUGCGCAGAGGGUGACGUACAGGUACUACGUGGGGCGGAAGGCCAUGUUCGACAGCGACUUCAAGCAAGCUGAGGAGUACCUGUCCUUUGCUUUUGAGCACUGCCACCGUUUGAGCCAGAAGAACAAAAGGAUGGUCCUCAUUUAUCUCCUUCCUGUGAAGAUGCUCCUGGGUCACAUGCCAACCGUCGAGCUCCUGAGGAAGUACCAUCUCAUGCAGUUUGCGGAGGUGACCAAAGCUGUGAGCGAAGGCAACCUCCUCCUCCUGAACGAGGCUCUGGCCAAGCACGAGACCUUCUUCAUCCGGUGCGGCAUUUUCCUCAUCCUCGAGAAGCUGAAGAUUAUCACCUACAGGAACCUCUUUAAGAAAGUGUACCUGUUACUCAAGACACACCAGCUGUCUCUGGAUGCGUUCCUGGUUGCCUUGAAGUUCAUGCAGGUGGAGGACGUGGACAUCGCCGAGGUCCAGUGCAUCCUGGCCAACCUGAUCUACAUGGGUCACAUUAAAGGCUACAUCUCGCACCAGCACCAGAAGCUGGUUGUCAGCAAGCAGAACCCGUUCCCCCCGCUGUCCACGGUGUGCUGACCCCGCCCCCGGCCCCGGGGACAGGGAGUCGGGCCAUCCUGGUUCGUAUCCUGCCGAGAACUCGUCCUCCGCGGCUGGAGUCUCUCGGGUCUUUCCCGGGGGAGGCUGAGACCUCAGUGUCUCUGCCAUCACGGCUGACGGAUAUGCACCUCACAGAGGCCUGGCAUCCCCUUCUCAGAAAGCACAGCCGUCUCCGCU